AUGCUUCUUAUGCCCGUUCCUUUUCCUCAUCGCCAUCGACUGGAUCAUGAAUACAGUGAAAACAGAAAUGGAAUCCAGUGGACCUUGUGGAGUCAACUGGAUGACUUGGACUUUGCUGACAACCUCACACUUCUCUCCCACAGUCAGCAGCAGAUGCAAGAGAAGAUCAGUGUGUUGGCAGCUACAUCAGCACAGGUUGGACUCAUCAUCCACAAGGAGAAGACCAAGAUCCUUAAGAUACUUAUGACCAACUUCAGCAACAUCAACCUAAUCACCCUGAAGGGAAGUCCCCUAGAGGAAGUACAAUUCUUCACCUACCUGAGCAGCAUCAUCGACCAACAAGGUCGAACAGAUGCAGAUGUCAAGGCAAGAAUUGGCAAAGCAAGAGUCACCUUCAUCCAGCUCAAGAACAUCUGGGUUUCCAGAGAGCUAACCUUGACCACCAAGAUCUGA